CAGUCCUGUGAAAGGUGACGGUUUCUUAUCUCUCUCUCUCUCUGUUGCUUGCUUCCCUCAGACAAGAUGACCACUGUCCAUCUCUUGGCGAUUGCUUUAAUUUUUCUUUGUGGGGACGCGUCUUCCUCACCCAUCAAAGCAAAUGUGGAACUUAACAAUGGUACAGACACGUUACCUCAUUCGUCGGAAGAUGUGAUACCUCAGCGUUCUGGUUCCUUGUUCGUCCAACACAGCGACAGUGACAACAGACGCUACGACGACCAGGUCGCCACAAAGGAACCCACCUUGUCCCCGAAGACGACGAUAAGUCUCUACAAGUUAUUCCUUAUUCGGCAAAUCCACAGACUCCAAAGUGAGUUGAAGACACCUCACACUCAGGUAACCCCCAAUCCUAAAUGGCGAGAGGAGAAUCUUUACGCCACAGACACGGAGCUGAAUAACAUGUCGACUGCUGAGCUUCACGACAUGCUCAUGAACAUCAAGAAGGUGAUGGGUGCCACCCUGAGUGACCUGUGCUGCCCCCUAGGGAGGUAACCUGGAGAUGUGUUCCUACAAAUAAGACUCUAGCAUGGGAGGAGCUUUUGGAAGGACGGGACCGUACGGCAUGAAAUUAUUCCUGUUCAAGGAAUUGAUGAAAAGCAAUACGAACAUCAGUUUCACUGACGAGACUCGUGUGACAACAUUCGCUCUGUGUUGCUUUUGUUGAUUCCUGAUGAAGAUGUGUCAAUGUGACAAUGCGAGAACUGAUGGUGAUGAAAUCCCAGUACUGUACUCGAAUCCCAUGAGCUUCGAUUGCCAUCAGACGGUGUAUGUGGAUAAUCGGGUCUGAGCAAGUCAACCAGUGGUGGAUAUAAAGAGCAUCGCCCUAUGACAUCGGGGUUAGGGGACAUGCCAUCAUCCAAGACACCGAGUGUACUUAACAGAUGAGUCGCCUCUCUGAACAACAGAGUUCUGGGGACAUUUUCUAAUCCGGUGCCUAAAGACGUCCUACCCUUUGUCAACGUAAUGUGUCCUGAAAGUGGUCCAGUCGAUAUACUGAGUUUAGCAAUGCUAUCACGUGAGUGAGUGAGUGUUAUUGCAUGCUUGUUACGCCAGAGAACAACCACAAUGAACAUAUUUAAAACAAUCCAGGGGAACAUAUUUAGGACACGAUAUGAUGAACACUGGAACUAUAUAGAAUAGUAUCCAAUUGGUACAGGUGCUGAUCUACACGUGUCAUCAUAUGCCCACAGAGAACACAUUGUCAUGGACACAUUUUCCUGGACAACACAUCUGACGUCAUAUGAACACAUUUGUAGCAUGAGUGAUCCUGAUUAACAUUAUUCAUCUCAUAAGACGUCAUUGUAGUUCCCUGGGUGACUUAGUAAACUCAGCUUGGCUCCGUAUUUCACAGACUAGACAAUGAUCUCCAUCAGGUGGAUAUAUUCUUUAUCAUCCAAAACAGUGUUCCACAGAAGAUAUUGCUUGUGUGAGAUCAAACGAUAUCUCCCAGGUGAUAUCGUUUUGACAGCAGAUUUUGUACAAUGCCCUGACUUCAUCACUUACAUGACUCACAAUACUAUGCCGUCAAAAACCUGAUGACGUCACAAUGCUAUGACAUCGCUGCACUGCAAGUCUAAUGGCAGUACCGUGUUCAGAGAUGUACAUUUUUCACUGAAAACUAAUGAAGAGUGAUAUUUGAUUAUUUGAUGUACUUGAUGUACUUGAUGUACUUGAAUACUUCAGAAAACCUUAGGUGCGUGGACACCAAACUCAUGAUGUCUUGACUGUGUUCUUUUGUGAAUAAAAAGUUUUGUGAAUGUAAA